CAUCACAUGAAUUGACUGUCAACAUGCAAGAUGGCCACGCAUCACAGGCAAAAUGCUGCUGGGCGGAGAAAAGUACAGGUGUCUUAUGUCAUUAGAGAUGAGGUGGAGAAGUACAACCGAAAUGGGGUGAAUGCUCUCCAGCUAGACCCUGCGCUGAACCGGCUCUUCACGGCAGGAAGAGACUCUAUCAUCCGGAUAUGGAGUGUCUACCAGCAUAAACAGGACCCAUACAUUGCCUCGAUGGAGCAUCACACAGACUGGGUUAAUGACAUAGUUCUCUGUUGCAAUGGCAAAACAUUGAUAUCUGCCUCGUCAGAUACAACAGUCAAAGUAUGGAAUGCGCAUAAAGGCUUCUGUAUGUCAACGUUACGAACACACAAGGACUAUGUGAAAGCUCUGGCCUACGCUAAGGACAAGGAGCUUGUGGCAUCAGCAGGUUUGGACCGGCAGAUCUUUCUUUGGGAUGUGAACACACUAACAGCACUCACUGCUUCCAACAACACUGUCACCACCUCAUCACUCAGUGGGAACAAGGACUCUAUCUACAGUCUGGCUAUGAACCAGAUGGGCACAGUCAUUGUAUCUGGAUCCACCGAAAAGGUUCUGAGAGUGUGGGAUCCUCGAACAUGUGCAAAACUGAUGAAGCUUAAAGGUCACACAGACAACGUCAAGUCGUUGCUGCUGAAUCGAGAUGGCACUCAAUGUCUGUCGGGCAGCUCAGAUGGGACCAUCCGCCUGUGGUCACUCGGCCAGCAGAGGUGCAUCGCCACCUACCGGGUGCAUGAUGAAGGGGUCUGGGCCCUGCAGGUCAAUGAGGCCUUUACACACGUCUACUCUGGAGGAAGAGACAAAAAGAUCUACUGCACUGAUCUGCGUAACCCAGACAUCCGUGUGCUCAUCUGUGAGGAGAAGGCCCCGGUGCUCAAAAUGGAACUGGACAGAUCUGCUGACCCACCUCCGGCAAUCUGGGUCUCCACCACCAAGUCAUCUGUUAAUAAAUGGUCUCUAAAGGGAAUGCACAACUUCCGAUCAUCAGGGGAGUAUGACAAUGACUGCACUACCCCUCUGACUCCACUGUGUACUCAGCCAGAACAAGUCAUCAAGGGAGGUGCCAGUAUCAUACAGUGCCACAUUCUGAAUGACAAGAGACACAUACUCACCAAAGAUACCAACAACAAUGUGGCUUUCUGGGAUGUCCUGAAGGCUUGCAAGGGUGAAGACUUGGGGAAGGUGGAGUUUGAUGAAGAGAUUAAAAAGCGCUUCAAGAUGGUCUAUGUGCCAAACUGGUUCUCUGUCGAUCUGAAAACUGGGAUGCUCACUAUCACAUUGGAUGAGAGCGACUGCUUCGCUGCCUGGGUGUCUGCAAAGGAUGCUGGGUUUUCAAGCUCUGAUGGAUCCGACCCAAAGUUGAACCUGGGUGGACUGUUGCUCCAGGCUCUUCUGGAGUUCUGGCCGAGAACUCGCAUUAACCCCAUGGACGAGGAAGAGAAUGAGGUGAACCACGUGAACGGAGAGCAGGAGAACAGGGUCCAGAAAGGAAAUGGAUAUUUCCAAGUGCCACCACACACGCCAGUCAUCUUUGGGGAAGCAGGAGGCAGAACUCUUUUUAGGUUGCUAUGUAGAGAUUCGGGUGGAGAGACUGAGUCCAUGCUGCUGAACGAGACAGUUCCACAGUGGGUUAUUGAUAUAACUGUAGAUAAAAAUAUGCCCAAAUUCAACAAAAUCCCGUUCUACCUCCAGCCCCAUUCUUCCUCCGGUGCAAAAACUCUAAAGAAGGACCGUCUCUCGGCCAGCGACAUGCUCCAGGUGAGGAAGGUCAUGGAGCACGUUUACGAGAAGAUCAUCAACCUGGACAACGAGUCGCAGACCACCAGCUCCUCGGCCAACGAUAAGCCGGGGGAGCAGGAGAAGGAGGAGGACAUGGCCAUGCUCGCCGAGGAGAAGAUCGAACUAAUGUGUCAAGACCAGGUUCUAGAUCCCAACAUGGACCUGCGAACAGUUAAACAUUUUAUCUGGAAGAGCGGAGGGGACUUGACUCUUCACUAUAGGCAGAAGUCCACGUGAAAAUGCUCAUUUUUAAAACAAGAACUCUUCGUCAUUUGCCAAUCACCACCCACCUCUGACAUGUAGUACCCUAAACCCCAUUGUGUGGUCGAGAGUCGCAGUAUCAAUGAGAAUCCGGUAAAAAUGUGUGAGGCCGAAGCUCAUGGUGUAUCAUAGGGAAGUGACCAGAACAGGCCGGAGCAGCCAAGAGACUCCUGGGAGAUAAGUGGUCCGUAGUUUCUUUUUCUUUUGACAGUUUGAAGAAAGGACUCUGUUCUCUCCACACUCACUCGUUUGUUUUAACUCUGACUGCUUUGUUUCUUUCUGAUUGGCGUAAAAAUUUGAAGCGACAGAAGUUACAGUACGUGUUUGUGUCUGAGCGUGUGUGUGUGCACAUGGAUGUAGUAGACUGUUUGUCUGUUCUAGUACAUUCCAGAAACUCCUUGUUCUACAAACACUCCACACCCGCCUCAGCAGUAUCACCUUUUGAUCGGAGUACACUUUAUCUCUGGGUAGCGUCACAGUCUCUCAAAGAAAUCCUCCUCGGUUCUGCUCUCAUCUUAACUUAAACUGAACCUUAACUUAGACAUCAAAUUACAGCAGAGCUUGAACCUCAUUGACAGAAGCACUUGUCAUUGUCACUUAUUUUUUAGCUGUGCUGUUUUCAAUGGACUGAAUGUUUUUUGUUUUCUUUUUGUAAAUAUAUGUACGACGUUUUCGAUUUAA